AUGGGUAAAGGAAAAGAGCUUACGGAGUCCCAAAAAGACACUAUUCUUUAUGAACAUCGACUUGGCCAUUCAUGCAGAAAAAUUGCAGGAACUGUAGGAUGUGGGCCCUCUGCAGUUUCAACUUGUAUAAGAAGUGAAAAGUGGAAUAUUAAUGAUUCUUUAUCACAAAUAUAUCAUUUUACUUUAGUUUUCAAAAGAAAUUUACCACUUUCACCUAAUCCAAAUAUUGAUAUUGAAAUGUAUGAUAAUCAAUUUAAUGAAAAUAAAAAUGUAUUUGAAUCAAAAAAAUAUAUAAAUGAUAAUGUUAAUAUAGUAGAACUUAGUUCAAAUGUUGAUGAUAAUGAUGGUAAAUUAUCAUUACUCUCAUCAUAUAUUACUGAUAAUAAAAAAGAUAUUAAAAAAAUCAAAUAUGAAAUAGUCAAAAACGAAUAA